CCCAACUAUCAAAACGACACCGCUUCGUUCAUACCCUGGCCCCACAUCCGAGAAGAAACCUUGAAACUCUAAUAAAAACCCGCCGGGGUCUCUCACUGUUCAUCUCUCACUGCACUUCUCUCCGCGAGCUCAGAUCUCCGAUCUAAGGCUACUUUUACUCCUCCCUCGUGUUCAUCGAUUCGCCGUAAAUGUCGAUCUCCGCUCAAAAUCCGGAUAUCUCCGGUGAUAGGCAAUCCGGCCAAGAUGUUCGUACUCAGAACGUGGUGGCUUGUCAAGCUAUUUCGAAUAUCGUCAAGACCUCGCUUGGUCCCGUAGGACUCGACAAGAUGUUGGUGGAUGAUAUUGGUGAUGUGACCAUUACAAACGACGGUGCUACUAUUCUCAGGAUGUUGGAGGUUGAACAUCCAGCUGCUAAGGUUCUCGUCGAGUUAGCUGAACUCCAGGAUAGAGAAGUUGGUGAUGGGACUACCUCUGUUGUUAUUGUUGCUGCUGAAUUGCUCAAGAGGGCAAAUGAUUUGGUCAGGAACAAAAUACAUCCAACAUCUAUUAUCAGUGGAUACAGGCUAGCGAUGAGAGAAGCUUGCAAAUACAUAGAUGAGAAGUUGGUGACUAAGGUCGAAAAGCUUGGGAGAGUUCCAUUGAUAAACUGUGCUAAAACCAGCAUGUCCUCCAAACUGAUAUCUGGUGACAGCGACUUCUUUGCCAACUUGGUUGUGGAUGCCGUUCUGUCAGUGAAGAUGACAAAUCAGCGAGGGGAGAUUAAGUACCCUAUCAAGGGGAUCAAUAUUCUGAAAGCUCAUGGACAAAGUGCGAGAGACAGCUAUUUGUUGAAGGGAUAUGCACUCAAUACUGGCCGCGCUGCCCAAGGGAUGCCACUACGAGUCUCGCCAGCCAAGAUUGCUUGCCUCGACUUCAAUCUUCAGAAGACAAAAAUGCAGCUCGGUGUUCAAGUUGUUGUUAACGAUCCACGAGAACUUGAAAAAAUCCGUCAAAGAGAAGCUGAUAUGACAAAGGAGCGAAUAGAGAAACUUCUUAAAGCUGGGGCCAAUGUAAUUCUGACCACGAAGGGAAUUGACGACAUGGCACUUAAAUACUUUGUAGAGGCAGGAGCUAUUGCAGUUAGGCGUGUUCGCAAAGACGACAUGCGCCAUGUUGCUAAGGCAACAGGAGCAACCUUGGUCACCACUUUUGCUGACAUGGAAGGCGAAGAAACAUUUGAUCCAGCACACCUUGGAUCUGCAGACGAAGUUGUGGAGGAGAGAAUCGCGGAUGACGAUGUUGUAUUGAUAAAGGGAACCAAAACGAGCAGUGCGGUAUCCUUGAUCUUGAGAGGUGCAAAUGACUACAUGCUUGAUGAGAUGGAGAGAGCACUGCACGAUUCUUUGUGUAUUGUCAAGAGGACCCUCGAGUCCAACGCGGUGGUUGCGGGUGGAGGUGCAGUUGAAUCAGCAUUGUCUGUGUAUCUGGAGCACCUUGCUACAACCUUGGGCUCUCGCGAACAAUUGGCAAUUGCUGAGUUUGCAGAGGCGUUAUUGGUUAUACCUAAGGUGCUUGCAGUAAACGCUGCCAAGGAUGCAACAGAGUUGGUAGCUAAGCUUAGAGCAUACCACCACACAGCACAGACCAAGGCUGAUAAGAAGCACUAUUCAAGCAUGGGACUUGACCUUGUAAACGGAAUCGUCCGUAACAAUUUGGAAGCUGGAGUGAUCGAACCAGCGAUGAGCAAAGUGAAAAUUAUCCAGUUUGCAACAGAGGCAGCCAUAACGAUUCUGAGAAUCGACGACAUGAUCAAACUGGUGAAGGAAGAUGGCCAAGGCGAUGAGUAAACCAAACCAAAGCUCAUAAGCUUCUCUUUGUCUGUCUUUUUAGUGUGUGUGUUUUGUCCGCAUUUUCAGCACCCACCGGCAUUUCUAACUUCUUUUUGUCCUUUUUUGGCGUAUUUAGCGUUGUACUGAACAAGAUUUCAAUUCGUUGUUCUGCUUUCCCCACCUUGGAUAGGAAUAUCCCUUGCACUUUUUAGAUACUACAGUCAGUUUUUUUUUCUCUUUACUUUUUAUAUCAUAAUUUGCUUUUUCUUAUU